ACUCACUCCCAAGUGCUACUGCCCGCUCCAGUCCUUCUCAUCCAUCACUCGUACUCGCAGUUCCAUCCUCUACAGCAACUACCACGUUCCGCCCACCCAUUCAACGCUAGACCUAAUUCCUACUUGUCUCUCUCCGACGAAUAGCAUGUCAGAACGUGGAGGACGCGGCGGGUCCUCUCGAGGCGGACCGCGGGGAGGAGGCGGAGGUAGGGGAAACCACUCGAAUGCUCGCGGAGGUAGCAGAGGAGGCGGCGGCGGUGGAGCAGGAGGCAGGGGAGGCGGAGCAUCCGGUGGUGGACAACAGCAAGAGAGGAAGAAAGAGGUGAUCCUCGACUUGGCCAAGUUCGUUGAUAAGAAGAUCCGAGUCAAGUUCCAGGGUGGAAGGGAAGUGCAAGGCGUACUGAAGGGCUACGACCAGCUGAUGAACCUGGUCAUGGACGAGGUGACAGAGUAUCUCCCCUCGGACGGGUCAGGCUCUGAGCAAAAGACGAGGCAACUGGGUUUGGCUGUGUUGAGAGGGACGGCAGUGACUAUCAUCAACCCAGCUGAUGGGUUUGAGCAGAUCGCAAAUCCAUUCGUCAGCGCAGAGUGAUCGGGGCAUUGUCAGUGGAGCAAAAGAGGGUCGUCACAGAUACACAAUACAUCAGCCAUUACAGGUCAGAAAUUGGUCACCAUCAGAUGAGCUCGGGUAACUCCUCCGUUGCCAAAGAGCGACGAGAGUAACAAUGACAGGGUUAAUAAGCGCAGAAGGCUCACACAGGCAGGCUGUCCGAUGAUAGGGAUCGAAGCAACGCACUGGCUAGUGCGGCCUCAGUUCUCGGGUAUCCGG